UUUAUUGUGGACGCGCUUCGAAAGGAGGCGGACAGCAUCUCAGCAGCCACUGACCCCAACAAAGUAGACAGAGAGCAUCAUGGGAGGAGCAGUGGUGGACGACGCACCUCCCGGAGUGAAGGCACCAGAUGGCGGCUGGGGGUGGGCAGUGUUGGCCGGCGGCUUCGUCAUCACCGGCUUCUCCUACGCCUUCCCCAAAGCUGUCAGCGUCUUCUUCAAGGAGCUGAUCCGAGAGUUCAACGUGGGAUACGGCGACACUGCCUUGAUCUCUUCGAUACUGCUCGCCAUGCUGUACGGCUCAGGCCCUCUGUGCAGCGUGUUGGUGAACAAGUUUGGCUGUCGGCCGGUGAUGAUGGUCGGCGGACUCUUCGCCUCGCUGGGAAUGAUAUUGGCCUCCUUUGCCACAAGCAUCAUACACAUCUACCUUUGCACCGGAAUUAUUACAGGUCUGGGUCUGGCUUUGAACUUCCAGCCGUCUCUCAUCAUGCUGAAUCGCUACUUCAGCGAGAAGCGUCCUCUAGCCAAUGGCUUGGCGGCAGCGGGCAGCCCUGUGGCACUGUGCUGCCUCUCCCCACUGGGACAGGUCCUCCAGUACCAUUAUGGCUGGAGGGGGGGGUUCUUCAUACUGGGGGGCCUACUUCUCAACUGCUGUGCUUGUGGUGCCCUCAUGAGACCCCUGUUGCCCCCUAAGAAGCUGGAGAACCUGGAGGAAAGCAUUCCCACAGAGAAGAAGAUCCAGCCCAAGAAGAAGCUGUUGGAUUUCAGUGUGUUCAAGGACAGAGGUUUUAUCAUUUACACCCUCGCAGCGUCCAUCAUGGUGCUGGGAUUGUUCGUGCCCCCAGUGUUUGUGGUCAGCUAUGCUAAAAGCCUCCACUACGAAGACACAAAGUCUGCUCUGCUCCUCAGCAUCCUGGGAUUUGUUGAUAUGUUCGCUCGGCCUGCCUGUGGGUUCAUAGCCGGCACGAAGUGGGUCCGACCCAGAACUGUGUACCUGUUCAGCUUCGCUAUGAUCUUCAACGGGUUCACCGACAUCAUAGGAUCACAGGCAAAAGACUAUGGCAGUCUGGUGGUAUUCUGCAUCUUCUUCGGUAUGUCGUACGGUAUGGUGGGGGCGCUGCAGUUCGAGGUCCUCAUGAAUAUUGUAGGGACAGAGAAGUUCUCCAGCGCCAUAGGCCUGGUGCUGCUGAUGGAAGCUAUCGCUGUGCUAGUGGGACCUACUGGAGCAGGUCGCCUCUUGGAUCACACCAACGUGUACAUGUACGUCUUCCUGUUGGCGGGCUGCGAGGUCACACUGUCAGCUUUAGUCAUGGCCCUGGGCAACUUCUUUUGCAUUAAGAAAAAACGCGAAGAGACAGAAGCUAAACUGGAGAUGGCUGUGAAUCCUGCGGAGAAGGAGGGGCUGAACUGCAGGGUGGAAGAGGAGGAAGAUCAUGACGGCGAAGAGGAGCCAAAGGUAAAAGACAAUGGAAAAAUCAGUGCUUUAAAAGCAGGGGACGAGGAGGAGAUCACGGUGAUGGAGACGGGGGAGAAGGAGGAAGAGAACACAUCGAUAUAAAGAAGAAGACUGAGGAAAGAGGAACUGUUUACCAAUCUGUUACAAAAUGCUGAGCUAUGAGCCACACAAAGGGAAAGGGUAUACGUUUUGAAAAUAUUGCCCUUUAAAGGACAAACUAUUCUCUUUAAUUUGAUAAAAGGCAGAGGAUGUUGAUUUUCAACCAGUGUGUUGGCCCUCAUCAGCUCUAAUGCAACAUUUGGAUGUUAUUCAAAAUGUUUAUUACUGUUAAUGAGUUAAAUGGAGAGCCUUUCUGACACACAAUUCUGUUGGGCAUUAAAUGUCUCUCACUCAACACCCUUUUGAAAUAAGUAUCUCAGUACUACGGUUGGCUCAGACACACAUCACAUUUAAGGACAUGUAGUUUUAGUUUUUUGUACUUUUCUCAGCUGUUUUUUUUUACAGACAGAUGCUGUUUUCUUCUAUCAGGAUUCAAGCUGGUCCACCUUCCAUUUCCCUCAUUAUUUCAACAUCCACUUACUAGCUUUUUUUUGUCAAGCUUUCAACAACUUCUCAUAGCUUUGGUCAACAGAUGGGGUUUGCUCCAUUGUCAUCAUACGACCCGCUGUAAAAAGCUUCCUGUCUUUAGGGAAUACCAGCAGGUUUGGUUUUGGAUUGCGAACCACUUCUUCAACUUUCUACUGCAGUGGCGCCAGAUCUCGACUCAAAAAAUUGGUUGAAUCCAUGAACUGAGAGCCAGAGCUGCAUACGUGAGAGGCUGGGGUGUAGCAGUUUACGGUGGGAGCAGAAAGUGGUUGCAAACGCCGCAAUGGUUAGAACACAACCACACAUACAGCUCGGAAAAAAUGAAGAGACCACUCCAAAUGUUUCUUAAAUCUUUAUCUCUACAUGUAUAGCAGCCAGUCCAGUGUCUGUUGAAUUUCAACACAGAGAAAUGUUGUCAGUAGUUUAGAGAAUACAAUAACAAAUGUUAAUAAAAGAAGAACAAUGAUAAUGCUGAAGUGGUCUCUUAAAUGUUUCCGCGGAUGUAUGUACAAACGUCCCGUAACAUUUACAAUGCAUACAUGUGAAAGAAAAAAAGGCCUGUCAAAGUUUACGCUCGGGAUUGAACAUUUAAAAACAAAACAUUUAAUGCAAAUUAAUACAUGAGAAGGUUUGACCCAAAGUCGCUAAUACCAGCUCAAACGUUUACAAUCCCGGCAGGGAAAAGGCCUUCUCCUACGCCUGAAUCAUGAUUAAUCAGAUUAUCAUUGUGAUUAACUCGAUUUAAAUGUUUCAAUUGAACGACAGCACUAAUUACGUUUCCUCUCCGUUCUGCAUCAUCAUUACAUAUACAAAAACUGCCUAUACACAAACACCAGUUGCCGCUUAUCUCACAAGAUAACUUAGAACAUGUCAUUCAAGAACAACAACUGAAACACGGUUUAAAGCUUCCAAAGACUUUGUGGACGUCGUGUUACAAAUAUAUUGUCAAGCUACCAUCAACAAUGUCUGAAUGUAUUUGUGGUUUUAUGUUACAACAGGACAGCAACUCUCAUUUCAAAGUUGCUUGUAAAACUAUUUAAACAAGGGGCAGCUAAAUGUCAUACCGUAGCUGUUCACUAGUUGCUGCCAUGUUAGUCUUCUUUGUUUUGUUGUAACGUGACAGCUGUGAGCUACUACUGAGGUUUCUUCAGUUGCUGCCUGAUACAGUGUGCUGGAAACUUGAAUGGUCAGUCGGUGUUGUAUACUCAGCUGAUGAAUGUACGUCCCUGUAUGCCUUUACUACUGUUGAUGCUGCAAGGGUCACUGGGUUGUGUUGGUUUGAUGUCUGAUGCUGUGAUCCAUGUGCUUUACUCUGUGUACGUGUUGAAGAAAUGCAGUGCACCUCACAUUGCUAUUCUGAGUGUUGUCCAACACAAUCUAGGCCUGUGAUGCCUGAUUUUCCCAAAAUAAAUAUAUAUUUUCUGUGGAUGAACCACAUGCGUCUA